CUACCCGACCAGGUGAGCGGAGCGCCCCGGCCAAGCACCCACGGGCUGGCCCGGCCCGGCGCAGCGGGGAGCGGCCGGCGUCUGCGCUGAAGUGGAAUGGUAGCUCACACUCAAUGGAUCCCAGACCCGCUCAGAACUGAGGCGCUCAGAUGACCUUUGAAGUCAAGGAUCUUGGAGUGGCGUUUCCUCCCCUAGCAUGGGGCUUUCAUUCCUGGUUUGCCUCUCCCUGGGGUUCAUGCUCACUGGAGUUUCUUUCAGCACUUGGCAAUGCCCGCGGAUUCCCUAUAGCGCUACCAGGGACUUCACUGUCAAGUAUGAGCUGCCCAGCUUCACCGCGGAUGGCCCCAUCCAGAACAUUGUCACCUACAAGGAUCCGAGCGGAGCAGCCGCCCUCUUUGUGGCGGUGCGGAACAAGAUCUACGUGGUGAGCCCGGCACUGGCAAACUCAUCAGUCAUCGUGACUGGCCCCGUGGGCAGUGCCCAGUGCGAGAUCUGUGCCCAGUGCCAGGAGCCAGGAGACGGCCGGAAGCUUGAAGACACAGAUAACGUGGUUCUGGUGAUGGACCCAUCUGAGCCAUGGUUAUACAGCUGUGGCACUUCCCAGCACGGCCGGUGCUUCCAGCAUGAAUUGGAAAUCCAAGACAGCCUGGUGGUGGUUAGUGCCACCUACUGUUUGUAUGCAGCUCAGAACAGUCCUGAUGAGUGCCCAGACUGCGUGGCCAGCCCCCUGGGGACGAGGGUCCUGGUGACUGAAACCAGCCGUGUUUCUUACUUCUACAUUGUCUCUACCAUCAAUAGCAGCAUAGCUGCGAGGUACAGCCCGAAAUCGGUGUCUAUCCGGAGACCGAAGGCCACUUUGGAUGGGUUCUCCUGUGUUUCCGAUUCCCUCAACGUGCUUCCAAAGUUCCAGGACUCCUACCCCAUUGACUACGUGUAUUCCUUCAGUGCCCAGGACUUUGUGUACUUCCUGACUAUCCAAAAGGAGAGCCCCACAUCCGGAUCGUACCACACGCGGCUGGUGCGGCUGACAGCCAAGGAGCACAACAUGGAUCGGUACCGCGAGCUGGUCCUGGAUUGCCGCUUCGAGUCCAAGCGCAGACGGAGGCGGAGCUCAGACGGGGAGCACAAGCACGAUGUGGCUUUCAACGUGCUGCAGGCAGCCCAUGUGGCCCGGCCGGGCCCAAAGCUGGCCCAGGAAAUCAGCGUCAACGAAACCGACCUGGUCCUGUUCGGUGCGUUCGCUGAGAGCGAGGCAGAGAGCUCCAUGCCGCGCUGGUACUCGGCGGUGUGCGCCUUCCCCGUGCACCAGAUCAACCAGGCCAUCGAGGAUGGGAUGUCCAAGUGCUGUGGCGCUGCCCAGCGUGAGCUGCUGCGAGGGCUCAGCUUCUUCCAGGCCGUUGAGUACUGCCCCCACAACGUGAACCUCUCGUCUCCGGUGGUGGAUACCAGCUGCUGGAACAAGCCCACCCUGGUCACCACGGCCCCCUACAAGGUAGAUCUGUUCAAUGGGCACAUGGCCGGAGUCCUGCUCACCUCCAUCUUUGUGAUGGCCCAGGGCAAUGUGACGGUCGCCCACCUGGGCACGGCGGAGGGGCGCAUCAUGCAGGUGGUGCUUCAGCGAUCCAGCUCCUACACCGUCACCUUGGCCAAUUUCUCCCUGGGCAAGGAGCUGCCGGUGCUGCGGGAGGUUGGCCUGCUGCAGGACUCUCUGCUCUUUGCCACUGGAAACAAGGUGUCUCAAGUUGCCAUCACCGGCCCAGGCUGCCGCCACUUCCUGACAUGCCAGCGCUGCCUGCGGGCGGAGCGCUUCAUGCGGUGCGGCUGGUGUGGGGGUGUGUGCACUCGGCAGGAGGACUGCGCAGCACUAUGGACCAAAAAGAGCUGCCCUCCCAUCCUCACUGACUUCCACCCCCGAAGCGCCCCCUUGCAUGGCCGCACCCGGGUGACGCUCUGCGGGAUGGGCUUCCAGUCACGCCGGCACUUCACUGCCGCCGUCGGGUCCCCCGUGGCCGGCAGCACCUACCGGGUGACGGUGGGGCAGAGGGACUGCACCGUGCUGCCUGAGGAGAGCCUGGGCAGGAGGCCCCCCGUGCUGCCCCCCACCAAGGCCGCUGUAGACGUGCUGGUGUGCAAGCUGGAGCUGAGCAUUGACCAGGUGGUGACGGGGCCUGUCACGGUUCAGCUCACCAUCGAGGAGCAGACGAGGGACCCGCCCUUCCACGUCAGUGGCUCCUCAUCCCUUGGUGGCUUCAUCUUUGUGGUGCCGAACGUCACUGCCAUCCGCCCUGUGUACGGCCCGCUGGCCGGCGGGACCCAGCUCUCCAUCUGGGGCCGAAACCUGACCGUGGGCAGCAGCUGGAGGGUGAUGCUCGGAGAGGCAGAGUGCCCCGUGGCGGGGCAGCAGAGAUUCACUUCUGAGCCAUUAGACAGACAUUCAGAAAUUUCAUUCACAGACAAACAGCUGGGUCAGCAUGGCUGGGUUGGCGUGGCCGGGUCGGUGUGGCUGAGUGGCUGGAUGGGCGUGGCUGGGUGCGGCCAGCUCUGUAUGUGCUCCACUGAGGUCAUGUUUAUACAUAAACACCCAUGUGGGGUCCUUUGGAUGGCGUCUGGUGCCACGGACGCUCUGCAGUGUGUUAGAGCCCACGUCUGUCUGCAGUGCCCAGGGCCCAUCUGGGGGGCAGAGCCCUCGGUGGGAGCUCCUGCCCCAGGACUGCCAGGGCCUGUUGGGGCACGGAUGGGGCCAGGCGCGCUCCCAGCUAUGGGAUGGCCAGCGUGGGGGUGUCGGCUAUGCUGGUCCGGGCGGGUCACCGGGGGGCAUGUGGGCCAGAGCAGGUUGAGGGGCAGUCUGCAGCCCAGCCGGGUGUCUGUUUGUCUCCAUGUUGUGCUGUCCUCUGUUUCCAGCCCCACCGAGAUUCGCUGCACCAGCCCUGCAGCCAGCAACCUGCAUGCUGUCCCCGUGGCCCUGUGGAUAGACGGGGAGCAGUUCCCCGCCCCGGAGCCAUUCCAGUACCGCCCAGACCCCGUCCUCCGCGACAUCUCUCCCAACUGCACCUACGAGGGUUCGGCCCUCACCAUCCAUGGCACCAGCCUGGACUCCGUGUAUUACCCCAGAAUCCAGUUUGUGGACGCCAGCAUGGCAACGGAGGCCAAGGUGUGCGCGGGGCCGCGCUCUCCCGAGCAGCUGGUGUGCCAGAGCCCAGCCUACCCCUUCGCUAACAGGGUGGAGAGCGCCCAUGGCAACCUGACCGUGCUGCUGGACGGCUCCCCCGGGCGCAGGGCUUUCCACCUGCGCUACUACCCCACGCCUCAGAUCCUGCCCUUUGAGCGCGACAACACGUACCACCUCAAGUCUGGUGACGACGAGAUCGAGAUCCACCAAAUCGGGUUGGAUGCGCUGGUGGGCUGCAUGAGCAUCACCGUGACUGUGGCGGGCCAGGACUGCCACCCCAGCGUGCUGAAGAAUGAGGUGACCUGCCGGAUCCCCAGGAACCUUAGCCUCCCCCUGGAUGGAGUCCCUGUGCAGAUCUGUGUGAAUGGCGCGUGCCAGCACCUGGGUUCGGUGGUGGCCACUGUCUCCCCAGACCCCCUGACGGGCAUCCUCCUGGGCAUCAUCACCAUCUUCGUGUUCGGCUGCCUCCUGGUGUUCCUGGUGGUGAAAUGCAGACGCAGGAAGGAGAUGGGGACCGAGAAUUUGGAGAUGCUGGUGAAUCCCAAUGGGAAUGCCCCCAGCUUUGCCCUGCUCCCCUCCUUCAUGGACUACCGGGAUGUGCAGGUGCUGCCCCCAGCAGUCACUCCCAGCGGUGGCUUUGCCAGCAGGCGCUUCCGAGAUGCCUCCUACAUGGGCAGUAGCGACAGCUCUGCCGUGCCACUUGUGAGGAUGCCGUCCUGUUGCGUCAAAAACCUCCGUCCCGAGCUGCUGGAGGAGGUGAAGGACAUCCUGAUCCCAGAGGAACGGCUGCUAACACACUGGGACCGGGUCAUCGGCAAAGGGCAUUUCGGGAGCGUGUACCACGGCAUGUACAGAGAUCUGUCAGAGAGGGAGAUCCACUGCGCCGUCAAAUCCCUGAACCGGAUCACCGACGUGGAGGAGGUGGAGGAGUUCCUGAAGGAGGGGAUUCUCAUGAAGAGCUUCCAUCACCCCCACGUCCUGUCGCUGGUGGGUGUCUGCCUGCCGCGCCAGGGAUUGCCCCUGGUCGUGCUGCCCUACAUGAAGCAUGGAGACCUCCGGCACUUCAUCCGCUCCAAGGAACGGAACCCGACGGUGAAGGACCUGAUAGGCUUCGGGCUGCAGGUGGCGCAGGGCAUGGACUAUCUGGCCCACAUGAAAUUUGUGCACAGGGACCUGGCCGCCAGGAACUGCAUGUUGGACCAGACGUUCAUGGUGAAGGUGGCGGAUUUCGGCCUGGCCCGGGACGUCUUUGAUAGGGAGUAUUACAGUAUCCGGCAGCACCGCCAGGCCAAACUGCCCGUCAAGUGGAUGGCGCUCGAGAGCCUGCAGAUCCAGAAAUUCACCACCAAGUCGGACGUAGUGAGUGCGGGGUGGGCUGUGUGUGGGGCUAGUGCAUUGCCUGUGCCCAUGCCACGCCCACUGGGGAGCGCCCAGGAGCUAGGUGGCUAUGGCAAGUGACCGCAGAAUGGCCCUGUGUGGCUCCCAGCUGCUCCAAGUCCAGGAAAGAGCUCUUCUCUCCUCUUCAUGCCAGCUCCCGCCCUGGCUGGACCCUGCCCCCCACCGGGCACCCUGGGCGCAUGGCUGACGGAGCCAGGGUUAGUGGCCGGUCCGCACACGGUGUUACAUGCCCCCCAUGGCAUAUGGGGCUUUGGAAGUUUAGACCCAUUACGUGUGGCUUGCCCUUUCCCAACAGCCUGCCACCUGCGCUGGCUGUGCUGUGUCAGGUGGCAGUGGGCAGAGCCCUGCCA